CGCUGCCUAGCGCAGCCCCGCGCCGGCCGCCGCAGCCCCGAGCGGCUGCGCCCCAGCUCCAUGAAUGGAAAUCGGCAGCGCAGGACCCGUGGGGGCACAGCCCCUGCUCAUGGUGCCCAGACGUCCCGGCUAUGGCACCAUGGGCAAGCCCAUUAAACUGCUGGCCAACUGCUUCCAAGUUGAAAUCCCAAAGAUUGAUGUCUACCUCUAUGAGGUGGAUAUCAAACCAGAUAAGUGUCCUCGGAGGGUGAACAGGGACGUGGUGGACUCUAUGGUGCAGCAUUUUAAAGUGACAAUAUUUGGGGACCGUAGACCAGUUUAUGAUGGGAAAAGAAGCCUCUAUACAGCCAAUCCACUUCCUGUGGCCACUACUGGGGUGGAUUUGGAUGUGACACUACCUGGAGAAGGUGGAAAAGAUCGUCCCUUCAAAGUGUCAAUAAAGUUUGUUUCUCGGGUGAGCUGGCACUUGCUGCAUGAAGUUUUGACAGGAAGAACCUUGCCUGAGCCUCUGGAACUAGACAAACCUAUCAGCACUAACCCUGUUCAUGCUGUCGAUGUGGUGCUACGACACCUCCCCUCCAUGAAGUACACCCCUGUGGGCCGCUCCUUCUUCUCAGCUCCAGAAGGCUAUGACCACCCCCUGGGAGGGGGCAGGGAGGUCUGGUUUGGCUUCCAUCAGUCUGUCCGACCUGCCAUGUGGAAAAUGAUGCUCAACAUCGAUGUUUCUGCCACUGCCUUCUACAAAGCACAACCCGUAAUUCAGUUCAUGUGUGAAGUCCUUGACAUUCAUAAUAUUGAUGAACAACCAAGACCUCUGACUGAUUCUCAUCGGGUAAAAUUCACCAAAGAGAUAAAGGGUCUAAAGGUAGAAGUGACUCACUGUGGGACAAUGAGGAGGAAGUACCGUGUGUGUAACGUAACGAGGCGGCCUGCAAGUCAUCAAACCUUUCCUUUACAGCUAGAAAAUGGCCAGACUGUGGAGAGGACAGUAGCACAGUAUUUCAGAGAGAAAUACAACCUCCAGCUGAAAUACCCUCACCUUCCUUGUCUGCAAGUGGGACAGGAACAAAAACACACCUACCUGCCUUUAGAAGUGUGUAACAUCGUGGCUGGCCAGAGGUGCAUCAAGAAGCUGACAGACAAUCAGACAUCAACCAUGAUAAAAGCUACAGCCAGGUCUGCCCCAGACAGGCAGGAGGAGAUCAGCAGAUUGGUGAGAAGUGCAAAUUAUGAUGCAGAUCCAUUUGUCCAAGAGUUCCAGUUCAAAGUGAGGGAUGAGAUGGCCCACGUGACAGGACGUGUGCUCCCAGCCCCAAUGCUGCAGUACGGAGGACGGAAUCGAACCGUGGCAACACCAAGCCACGGCGUGUGGGACAUGAGAGGGAAACAGUUCCACACUGGGGUGGAGAUCAAGAUGUGGGCCAUAGCUUGCUUUGCAACACAGAGACAGUGCAGAGAAGAAAUUCUGAAGGGUUUCACAGACCAGCUGCGCAAGAUCUCCAAGGACGCCGGGAUGCCCAUCCAGGGCCAGCCCUGCUUCUGCAAGUACGCCCAGGGUGCAGACAGCGUGGAGCCCAUGUUCCGACACCUCAAGAACACCUAUUCAGGGCUGCAGCUCAUCAUUGUCAUCCUGCCAGGGAAGACACCUGUGUAUGCGGAGGUGAAGCGCGUGGGAGACACGCUGUUGGGAAUGGCCACACAGUGUGUUCAGGUCAAGAACGUCAUUAAAACAUCUCCACAGACCCUCUCAAAUCUGUGCCUGAAGAUUAAUGUUAAACUAGGAGGAAUCAACAACAUCCUUGUACCUCAUCAACGACCUUCUGUGUUCCAGCAGCCAGUGAUCUUUUUGGGAGCUGAUGUCACUCACCCUCCAGCUGGAGAUGGAAAGAAGCCUUCCAUUGCUGCUGUUGUAGGCAGCAUGGAUGCUCAUCCCAGCCGGUACUGUGCCACGGUGAGGGUCCAGAGGCCCCGGCAGGAGAUCAUCCAGGACCUGGCCUCCAUGGUCAGGGAGCUGCUCAUCCAGUUCUACAAAUCAACACGGUUCAAGCCCACCCGGAUCAUCUUCUACAGGGACGGGGUCUCUGAGGGACAGUUCCGACAGGUUUUGUAUUAUGAACUGCUGGCCAUUAGAGAAGCCUGCAUCAGUUUGGAGAAGGAUUACCAGCCUGGCAUAACCUACAUUGUGGUGCAGAAGAGACAUCAUACACGGCUGUUCUGUGCUGACAGAACAGAAAGGGUUGGACGAAGUGGCAAUAUUCCAGCUGGGACAACGGUGGAUACAGACAUCACACACCCCUACGAGUUUGAUUUUUACCUCUGUAGCCAUGCUGGAAUACAGGGAACCAGUCGUCCCUCCCACUACCACGUCCUGUGGGAUGACAAUUGUUUCACAGCAGACGAGCUGCAGCUGCUGACGUACCAGCUGUGCCACACGUACGUGCGCUGCACCCGCUCCGUCUCCAUCCCCGCGCCCGCCUACUACGCUCACCUGGUGGCAUUCAGAGCACGCUACCACCUCGUGGACAAGGAACACGACAGUGCUGAAGGGAGCCACGUGUCAGGACAGAGCAACGGGCGAGACCCGCAGGCCCUGGCGAAGGCUGUACAGAUUCACCAAGACACCUUACGCACGAUGUACUUCGCUUAAGUCAAUGACCCGGGAGACACUCACGGAGAGGAGAACUGAGAACUUAAGCCACAUACAAUGUAUGUUUCCAGGGGGUUGGUUUAGGGGCUGUGCCUCCCAUCGUGCUGGAGCUGACGCUGUGCAGGGGCGAGAGGCUCACCCUUAAAUUGACACGAGGAAGAUUGUUUACUUCAUCCAGGAACACAGCACUAUUAUGCAAUAUGAAACCAGCCAACUGCUUUUUUGGGGCGGGCUCCUGUGGGAAGCCACCGCCAUCAUUUUUUUUUAAUUAUUAUUUUCUCGUAGUUUAACCCUCUUCUGCCUUUACCUCAAGUUGCUCGGCAGCACAACUAUUGUUGCAAAAAAAAAAAAAAAAGGAUAGUAAUAAUAAACUAAAAUCUAUUGUGUAAUUUAAAACAAAAAAAAAAAAAAGCAAACCACAUUUUAGAAACAAUCACAGUGAUUGUUUGGAGAAGGGAAGUGUGCAAAAAAGAAAGUAAAUUUUUAACCCCCGUGCAUUGAGGAAUCUUCCUCUCAGUAUUGCCAUCGAGCGUUCGAAUGUGAACAUAUCCAAGUGCAUUGGAAUGUACAGCACUAGCUAGGUAACAGUGAGGGGGGGAAGAUGUUUUGCACACUAAUCCAGUAAUUUGAACCUAAUUUAGCCAACGGCUGCCUUUGUGUCUUUUCUCACUGCUUUGGAGUUCUCAGCUCCAAGAGUUCCCUUUCAAAAGCAAUCCAAGAAGUUCGUGGUUCAUGUGCAGGCAGUAGUGACCCAACUCUUCUUGCUCCCUGGGGGAAUUUACUAAAGCUGCUGUUUUACCUAGUCCAAAAGUUUCAAUUUUUUCCUAUCUGGCAAGUCAAAUCUGUUGAAGCCUCACGUGAGAUCUGAUGUCCCAGGUUUUCUGGGAUGACAUACAAUAACCACCAGAACUGAAACUUUAGAGCUAAGGUCUUUUUGGAAAAAAAAGAAACCUGCUACUUUACUUGCUGCCUCUCACACCUUAAUGUGAUUCAUAUGUAUGUGUGUUUGAAGUUUAGCUUCCUUUUGUUUCUUUUAUAUUUAUUAGAGUAAUAAUAAUGCUUUAAUUUAAUUAUUACAGAACAUAUGGUCAACAUCAACUUUUAUUUUUUAGAAAUGUAAUCAUGUUUAUUUUUAAAAAAAAGAAACUGACAACUUGUUUUGCUAUCUUUUAGUGCAAUAAGCAUUCUAAAGAAAAACUGUGUCCAUUGAGCUGUACUGAAGCAGUGUCUGUACCACGGACCGUGGGAGAAUGGACACCUCCAGGAUUUUAAAAGGACAAAGUAAAAGCCUUAAUUUUGAAAGGAAAGUUUUAUAGUCAGAAGGAAUCUUGAAUUUUCCUUUUUUAAAUCAAAAAAAAUACAAAAAAUGCUUCUAGACCUCUGCAAGCUUUACUUGUCGCUGCAGUCUUUUGAUUUAACAAAGGAAUUGGCCUUAUUUUUGGCUUUGAAAUGUGGAGCAUAUUUGAAUUAAAUGGAAAGGGUUUUGUAUUAAGAUCUCAGUUUUUACAUGCUUAGUUAAACCUAUUUGACAUCAGUAAAAUGUCUGGAAUUAAUAAAAGUUUUUAGGCUUUUUUCCUCUUUGAUAGUGACUUUCCUUUUAAAAUUAAGUUAUUGGUAACUUCAUUUCACUUUGCAAAUAAAGAGGGCUGGGAUAGUUCUAACAUGUUAAAUCACCGAAAUGUGAAACAAACCAAUGGGACUCUUUCAUUCCACUUUAAAACCAAUGUUUAAGAUGUCAGAGACGAGCAUUUAUUCAACGAGGGGACUGGGGAGUUUUGCACUUUGUAAACUCGUGAACUGCAUUUUUGACUGUUUUUAUUUGCACUGGUUCAUAGUAUAUUUACUGCAGCUGUUUGUAUGGGCAUUGCUGUGAUCCCAGCCCUCCCGACCUCCACCUGCUCUCACAUGAAAACCUGGUUGGUCUAAGUAGCUUCUCUCCUCAUUCUCACCAAAUCUGCUGUUUGCCAAUAUACUGUAUUUUGAGCCUAAAAUCUGAGCCCAUUUUGCUUCACCAGGCAUGAACCCCCUUUUUUCUGCCAGAAAAACCAAGUACUGUAUUUUGUGCGUUUGUAUAUUGUAUGGAAAUGUCCGUAGUGCUGUUCACAACACUGUCUGCAAGAGCUUUACUAACAGCUGGUGUAGAUACCUAUUUUAUCUCUCAAAGACAAGGAAAAUAAUGUAAAAAACUAACUUGGCAAAGCUAAAAUUGCACUGGAAACAGUGGUGGGGGUGGGCAUUGGCUGG